UCUAGGCAGCCGAUCUGUCCUGCCAGUCCUCCUGUCCUCUCCAGAGCCAAAGGAGUGUGUGCGAGUGUAAAAGUGUGUUGAGGACACCACAACGCAGAGUCACACACACACGCGAGCGAUCACGCACACGCACACACAUGCACAGUGCGACCACACCGCUGCUGCUGCGGAGAAUUUCUGUACGCGAGACUGGGUUUUGGAUCUGAAAACACCGAUAAUUUCACCCUGUUGGAUUUACUCUACUGGCUGACUGAUUUUUGAUAAGGAUAUUUUUGGUUUCCCUUUAUAGUUGUUGAUUCCCCAGGAGUGACCUAAGAAGAGGUGCAGCAUGGGAAACUCAGUGGGCGUCUGACAGGAGAGACCGCAGGUUCCCGAGGAGAGAGAGGAGGGGACCGGGACGACGUUGACGUCAACGACGACAACUACGCCAGUGCACAGUGUUCCCUCAGAGCCACGAGGCUGGAUACAUUAUUCAUGCCAGAGCCUGGAGCGAGAGAACAGGAUUCUGGGAUUGCCGGAGGGCUGGGCGUUCGGAAGUAAGCGGGCGCUGGAUUUGAGCCUCUGAUUCGGGCAGCUUGACAUGGCUCAGCCUUAGUUUGGGCCUCUAUGCCAGGUUCAGUCCGCAUAGGGGGAGAGGAUCUACUGCUGUCUUGGCCUAUUCCGUCUCAACAAGGAGCCUCUGACCAACACAAAAGGGUCUAAUUUGGAGGCCCAAGCUAUUGCUCCAGCACAUAAAGGGAUUCUGCAUGCGCCGUUUGUUUUUUUCUUUAAUAUUCUCAGAAUUUCAUGCAAGCAUCGGAGCAGGAAGCCUGAGGUUCGUCUCAGCAGCAGAGGAGCUUUCUUUAUAGGUUUAUCUACCAUGGCAAAGCCUUUGAUGGCAUGAACCCUGGACACUGCAGUACAACACAAAAGGUCAGCCGCAUAAACAAGGAUCAGUUCAGCAAAUACCAGCCGGGUCAGGAUCUAACCAAGAGAGACCCCUCAGACAACGUGGACAAACAGCUCCAGAAAGGAACAAGAAAGAGGAGCUUAAAGGCCUCAUUGGAUUGCUGGUGGCUGCAGAGGAUUUGCUGGUUCUUUUAAAUCAGGGGAUUUCGGCAUAAUCAGUCUACACAACAGACGACUCUCAAGAUGGUGUGUCCGAACAGAUUCCUCCUUACUUUCCUGAUCCAUGCUGGAUUACUCCUGUGUCUGGCCAGGCCACUGGUCACCUGCCCUUCCCAAUGCCGCUGCGACGGGACGUUCAUCUACUGCAACGACCGCGAGCUGACCUCCAUCCCCAGUGGCCUCCCAGAGGACGCCACCGUCCUCUUCCUGCAGAACAACCGCAUCAAGAGUGCCGGGAUCCCCACGGACCUGCGCAGGCUGGUCAACGUGGAGAAGAUCUACCUAUACUGCAACAACCUGGAUGAGUUCCCGACCAACCUGCCUUUAAACGUGAAGGAGCUUCACCUGCAGGAGAACAACAUCCGCAUGAUCACCCACUCCUCUCUGGCUCAGAUCCCGUUCAUUGAGGAGCUACACCUGGACGACAACUCUGUUUCAGCGGUGAGCAUCGAGGAGGGGGCUUUCAGGGACAGUAUCCACUUGCGACUGCUCUUUCUGUCCCGCAACCACCUGAGCACGAUCCCUUCCGGUCUACCCAUGUCCAUCGAGGAGCUGCGCUUUGACGACAACCGCAUCUCCUCCAUCUCCGAGCUGUCGCUGCAGGACCUCAUUAACCUGAAGCGGCUGGUUCUGGACGGGAACUUGCUCAACAACCGGGGCAUCGGGGAAAUGGCCUUCGUGAACCUGGUCAACCUGACAGAGCUCUCACUGGUGCGCAACUCGCUGACGUCACCACCAGCCAACUUGCCUGGCAACAGCCUGGAGAAGCUGCAGCUGCAGGACAACCACAUCAACCGGGUGCCACCUGGGGCUUUUGCUUACCUGAGGCAGCUCUAUCGCUUGGACCUGUCCGGCAACAACCUGAGUAGCCUGCCCCUGGGUGUCUUCGAAGACCUGGAUAACCUCACCCAGCUGCUGCUGCGGAACAACCCCUGGUAUUGCAACUGCCACAUGAAGUGGGUCCGUGACUGGCUGCGCACCCUGCCGUCAAAGGUCAAUGUGCGGGGCUUCAUGUGCCAGGGCCCGGACAAGGUGAAAGGCAUGGCUAUCAAAGAUCUAUCCACGGAGCAGUUUGACUGCACAGACGAGGAUGUACCCCCCAUCUACGAAACCACAACGGUCUCUAACACGCUGCCCCCCUCAAAGCCACAGUGGCCCUCCUAUGUGACUAAAAGACCUGUGGUCAAAGUGCCGGAUAUAAGCAAACACUACCGUAGCACAACGCCAUCUGGGAGAAAGAUCAUCACUAUAAACGUCAAGUCCAGCAGUGCAGAGACUGUCCACAUUUCCUGGAGGGUGUCACAGCCUAUGACCGCCUUGCGGCUCAGCUGGCUAAAGCUGGGACACAGCCCCGCCUUUGGGUCCAUCACAGAGACCAUCGUCCAGGGGGAGAGAACGGAGUAUCUCCUCACCGCUCUCGAGCCCGAGUCCUCCUAUCGGAUAUGCAUGGUUCCCAUGGAGACUAGUAACAUUUACCUGUCGGACGAGGCACCCGUUUGCAUAGAGACAGAGACCAGUUCCCUGAAAGCGUACAACCCCACCACCACCUUGAACAGGGAGCAGGAGAAGGAGCCUUACAAAAAUUCCAGUCUGCCUUUAGCUGCUAUUAUCGGUGGGGCCGUAGCACUUUUGGCCAUCAUCAUGUUGGCGCUGGUGUGCUGGUACGUGCACCGGAACGGCUCUCUGUUUUCCAGAAAUUGCACGUACAACAAGGGCCGGCGGAGGAAGGACGACUAUGCCGAGGCCGGAACAAAGAAGGACAAUUCCAUCCUGGAGAUUAGAGAGGCUUCUUUUCAGAUGAUACCUAUAAAUCAUGUUCCCGUGUCCAAGGAGGAGUUUGUGAUACACACUAUUUUCCCUCCUAAUGGCUUGAGUCUCUACAAAAGUCCGCCCAGCGACAUGAAGAACAGUAUGAACAACAGAAGCUUCAGAGACAGUGGAAUACCAGAUUCAGACCACUCUCACUCAUGAUACUCCACACAGACUUUGGGAGAAAAAAAGACAUUUGAUCAUGAAUGAGUGACUUGAGAAAUAGUUGGUCUUUUGCAACACACUGGAUCUAAAAAGACUGAGAAAGCAAUGUUCUGUACAUUUGCCAUAUAAUUUAUAUUUAAGGACAAUUUAUUAAAAGACAAAUGUUCAAAUUGCAGGCCAUCAUUGAGCUGGCAGUGAAUGCAGUCACAAACUGCAAUUCUAUAUUUUAGAGAUUUGUAGUAAUUUGUACUGUAUUUCCUUUCCUUAAGGUUUCUGACCAAUUAAAAACGUUGUGUUCUACUGAAAUAUGAUGACUUGUCAACUGUGAAAGUGGGUUUUCAUUGCUGUGUUGAACAAUCAGAGUUUAGAGAACUUGUAGUAUAAAGCACAGGUCAUUCGUUUUGCUAUGUUUCUGUCAGAAAAAAAACAAAUGGAAAGG